AUGUUUCCUCCCCUCCUCCUCCUAACCCUCACCCUCAGCGCCCUCGCUAGCCCCCCUCCCUCCCUCAACACAACCAACCUCUCCCAGCACCAUCCCUCCCGCAUCGCACCACGCUUUAUAUCAGGUGGUUUCUACGACAAGUGCAAAGACGUGCGCUUCUACCUCGCCAAAGAAGACGACACACAUCCCCGCAAGAACAGCUUCACCGGGUACAAGUCUUCACCAUGGCUCGUCGCCAAAUGUCCCGAUAAGAAUGGCAAGUAUCUCUGUACGUGGCUGGCGCUGAGCAAGUGUUUGCUUAACUCGGAGGGUGAGCUUUAUCGUGGCGCAAAGUAA